ACGGAGAACUGCCAUGAGAACUGCCCAUCUCGUGGUGUUUAAAUUGAUAGGAUAUUUCAAACUCGUUGAUACUGUAACCGUCACUGAUUGGUCACACAGUGCGCUUUGACCAAUGGGAAAGAACGUUGUUAUCUGCGUGCGUGAAGCGGGAAUAUCUGAAGUAGGCUUACGGAAGACUAGUUCUAUCAGUGCAACAGUGUUUUCAUUUAACUUGAAACAUUGUUCACUUGAUCAAAAACUAUUGUAACUAGUGAAGAUAGAGUACAACUUCAGUGCGAUAGACCUGUAUUGGUACAUGGGUACGUUGUUUACUCAGCAUUGCUCAUUGAAUAACAAGGAAGUUUGGAUCUCAAAGCGCCUUAGCGCAACCUUAAAAAUAGAAACGUACAAACAGCUUUUACCGAAAUGGAAGAAUUGUACAUUUUACAACGGGAAGUGGGCCGAGGGAGCUACGGAGUGGUGUUCGAGGGUCUCGAGAAAGGAGCCGGAGACAGAGUGGCUAUCAAGCGUCUGCCGUGCAUUAGCCCUGAAGGCAUACAGCUGUACCUGCAGGAGCUGUGGGUCAUGAGAACAACGGCCGAGAACCACCCGAACGUCAUUGCCUUGCACAGUUGUCUCGCACAGACAGGACCAAACACGCUUCAGCUACUUAAACCCGGCAGACUACCUCUGGACCUGGUGGAGAGCGCAUUGAAAGGCGCCCUGGCCUCGGGUCAUAAGCACAGUACCAAAGGCACAAACUCUCGCUCCCGCAAACGACCAAUGCAGCCAAGAGCCGAGGUCGUACCCCGGCGUUGCUCCGCACUGUGGCUGGUGAUGGAAUAUUGUGAAGGGGGCGAUCUGAACCACUACAUGCUGUCCAGGCCGCCGGACACGGAGCGCAACCACAGCGUGCUCAAACAGCUGAGCAGUGCCAUGACAUUCCUGCAUGUGCUGGGUAUUGUGCACCGCGACCUCAAGCCCGAUAAUGUGUUGGUGCAACUCACUAAAAAGGGGCCCGUCAUUAAGGUGGCAGAUUUUGGCCUCAGUAAGAUAACAGAGCGUCUGUCGGAAGGCGACCAAACUCUGCCAGCGUUCUCCUCCACGUGUGGCUCAGACUUCUACAUGGCCCCAGAGGUGUGGGCCGGGCGCAACUACACAGCUCAGGCAGACAUUUUCUCCAUGGGGGUGCUCUUCUGGGCUGUCCUGGAGAGAAUCACCUUUCUGGAAGAUGGAUCCACUCAUGAACAGCUCGGGGCGUAUUUUGUGCGCGGCCGCUGGCUAACCCCCCUGGGCGAGGCAUUGUGUCAGAACCCCGACCUGCAGCUUGUGAUCCCCAUGAAGGGGCGGCGUGCUCCACCGCUGCCCCCUCCACCCAACCCCGCCGUCUGCACCCUGCUGUUGCACAUGCUGGCCUCAGACCCAGACGCCCGGCCCAGCGCCCAGCAGCUGGAGGGCUACCUGCGACACGCCCUCAAGCAGCACUGAGGCGGUGGCUGCUCACGCGCAGCACAGGGCAUAUGCUGGAGGAAUGACUCGCAGGACAUCACUGGACUCCCGGGGCCAGUGUCCUACUCAUGGUACAUGGAUUAAGUCUAGUCCUAAAACUAGGACACACUUUUUUUCAGUGGAGGUCUCUCCAUUAAAGGUUUUUAGGUCUUUAAGUCCAGAACGCUUAAUCCAUGUACAGGAAACUGGCGCAAAAUGUCAUUUCCCCCCCUACUUCGCUCACUGAGAUCUGGUCAGUGGCUUGUGGUGAGAAAGUGGCUGUACAUAAGGGAUUGACUAAAGGGAUUUCUGCUUGCUUGAUUUGCAACCUCAGGCACAUUAAAUGGCAUAUCUGAGGCACUCGAUACUUGAUCUUAAAGGGUAUCUACACUGUAAAUCAACAGUGAUCAUGAUAGAUCCUGGCGAUUUGUUUUUUUUUACACAUUUUUUACAUUUGUGUUUUAAUGAGCUUGGAUGUAUUUAUUGAAGAAUGGAUUUAAAAAAAAGUUGUGUAUGA